AUGGGUAACUGUGCAUCCAGGCGUAAACCCAAAUCGAAACCGAAGAAACAAUCAAAACCCAUCAAAACAGAAACGAAAGUCAUAAAUAAUGUUGAUACAAAAUCUAAACUCGAAAAGGUUAAACCAAAAAAUGAAGAACAUGAAUCCACGUCUAAUCCCACUGCAUCCAAGGAACCGACGUGGCCCUCGGAAAAAUCAAAUAUAUACAACAAAAAUAGUAGCCCAAAAAAUGUAGUGAUAACUAAAUCUAAAAGAAUUCCAGUGAGAAAUCCUAAAUUAUACAAUGAAGACAUUCCUAUACAGCCUGCUAAGGGAGCGAAUCUGAAAUCAUGGUGGAAUGAGUCAAAUGAAUUUCCAUUGACAGAACAUGAAGUGACCAAACCUGUAGGAUUUAACAAUACAGAUACACUUAGAAAUGAUCACGAAUCUAAUAGGCUUACCCGUGACAGUGUGCCUAAACCGAGAAAUAGGAAUGGUAUGGACUAUAUUGACAAAUUUAACAAUAAAGGUAAUGUAUGUAGUCAUCGCGGUCGAAAUAACGAUAUUAAUGAUGAUGGGUAUAAUAAUGAUAUGCGUGGUAGUGGAAGGAAAGUAUUUAAUGAUGAUGGUGCUGCAAAAAGUACAUCAUCAAAAGCUCCUUCAAUAAUAGCAUCAAUCCAUGAUUUUGAUUACCAACCAGAUUUCCUAAGAUCCAAGAUUGUAGCCAAAAUUAAUCAUCUACCUCAAUAUGAUGAAGAACCACUAUAUGAUAAGCCAUGCCAUAAUGAACCAAAAUACAGUAAAGAUGAAUCGCAUGAGAGUUGCCAAGAUUCUAAGAAUCAAGAAAGUUAUGUUCAUUCGCCAGAAGAAAAUAUUUCAUUCGAAAACAAAAACUCAUGCGAUUACAAUGAUAAACUAAAUGAUACGCACUAUUCUAAUGUCGAUAAUUACGAGGAAGACAUAUUAUCCCAACCUUCACUGAUUAAAUACAACAGGCCAAGAUCUACAGUUAGGGCACAAAGGGAGAUAAAUCGAUUGGACCCAAAUGCAUUGGCCUCAGCAAAUAUUCAGAAAGAGUUGAAGAAGAUACCUACGAUAAAGGAGAGUAGCUGGAAAGAAUUGAUCAAGUGUCAAAGUGAAAUUUCAAAACAAGCAAAAAGAAAUGCUAGUAUUAUGCUUAAAUGUGACUCAAAAUUGCUGCUGGAUGCCACCAGAGCUAUUAUUGUAAAUUCGAAUAGUGGGCGAUCAAAUAUAUGCAAAAAUUCGCUAUUGUGUUUAGGAGAGUUGUUCUACAAUUUUCCAAAUGAAUUGGCCACGCUAGUAAACGAUGCUAUAGAAAAGGUGAUUAAAAAAGCCAGUCAAGGAUCUUCAGAUUUCAUACGCAUGGAAGCCAAUAAGACAUUGGUUAAAAUAUGUCUUAAAAGUGCUGAAACGAAGCUCAUAACGUAUCUGCUUGGGUUGUAUAAGUACCAACAAUCAUGCCGUACAACAAUACUAAAUUGUAUAAUAAUUCUGUUCGAUAGGCUUGGUCCAGAAAUUAGCAACCUCAGGCAACUAAAAGAAGUGGCAGAGAUUACAUUUAUGGCUUUAAGUGAUGGAUCUCAAUUUGUUAGGAAAUCUGCCAACGUCCUGGCAAGCCUGAUGGGAGAUCAUUGUAACAUAAAUAUGCUGCUGAACAAGCUUCACUUGAAGUCAGAGAUUAGAUCGUUGGUUGAAAGGUCGAUUUCCAAGUACGACUCAAGUAUGAGGGGUAAAUUUAUACAAAAAAUUUCUUCUAUAAGCUAG